AAUGACUUCAAUGUCCCGACACCGCCGACCGAUGCCGCCAAACCGAAGUGGAAGUGCCCUAUCCCACUUAUAUAAGGGCACACGUCUGACGAUAGCACCGCGCCGCUCUCUUUCUGCUGCCCCCACCAUGCCACCCGUCGUGCCCCGCAUCCCUGUGGUCCCCAUCCCGCUAUCCAAUCUGGCAAGAGGUGAGUAUAUGCGCAUAUACCAACACUGAAAGGCUGUAUUGACAUCAACUC